AUGGCUUCUGCUGCAGCCUCUUUUGUGGUUCAUUCCACAGCAGGCGCUGUCCCAGUGAAAAAUGAGAAGGGUGAACUAUAUAUGCAGAAAGUUAAAGUUCACCGAUAUGUUGCCGGCAAAAGACCCGAAUUCGCCGGGAAUGUCACGCCAGAAUCAAUGUCAGAGGAGGAACAAGAAGACAAACCAUCCGAUAGAUUUCCUGUUAAAUCAAAUUUAAUUCGCUCUAAAGACUCAGAACAAAAAGAAAAGCCAGAGUUUUUGAAUGAUUCUACUUAUACUCCCGAUGAGUUGGCUGACCCUCGGCGAGAGUUUGACAUAGCCGACUCGUCAAGCGACGAAGAUGAACUCGAUAGAGUUGCAAGACACAAACGUGAUAGAGGGCUUGCGGAUGAAAGUGAUGCUAGUGAUAAACGCUCUGACGAUGAAGAUCUUAAUCAGGAAAUGGACGAAGGUGAAAUUGAGAAAAGGCGUGAGCUCAUCCGUAUUCGGGCCUCCGAGGCCAGAUCAAGACAGGAAGAGUCCUUGCUUGAUGAAGCUCCAAUUGGAGACGGAGAAGAAGAACUUCUUGGCAUUUCAGAUGAAGAAGAGGAAGAGGAAGACGAGUACACUUCUUCCGAAGAUGAAAUGGCACCUAAACUAAAGCCGGUAUUUGUUCGCAAGCGUGACAGGAUAACGCUUAAAGAAAAGCAAAAGGCGGAUCAGAUAACGCAUGAAGCAGAGCUCGAGGCCAAACGAUUAGCUGAUGAAAGGCGUAAGGAUACGCUCAAGGUAGCAUACAUUUUACUUUAA